AUGUCUGCUAUGUUUACUGAAUCUACCCAUGGUAAACGACAAUUAUGCUACCUCGGUUAUCGGUAUUCUUUGAAACGUAAGAAUCAAAAUGGUUCGGAAUAUUGGAUAUGUGUUAAAUGUCAAACAACAGCUACAAGUAACUUAGAUUUAUCAGUAAUUGUUCGUGAAGAUCAUACACAUCUACCUGACGAAACUGAUAAAGAAGUAUUAGAAAUGCGACAAAAUCUAAAACGAAAAGCUAUCGAAGAAUCUAGUCCUAUUGAUCGUAUAAUUGAAGAAGCAUCAUCUAUUUCAAGAUUACGAGAUAAUAUGGGAGCUCCAACUCCAAAGCGUCGAAAAAAUAAAGUUAUAACAGAUGAAUGUUUAAUUAAAUUAUGGCAGCGUUAUGAUGAAGGUCGUCUCGAUAUUCCAUCAUUCUUAAAAGCUGCUGGACUUAGAUAUUUUCAGCGUCCACCAAAAAGUUGA